GGGACACUAUGGAGCACAGAAUGGUUCUGGGAAAGGCCAAUAUGCAGGACCAAAAAAGAGGGGACGGCUGUAGAUCUCCAGUAGCCGCUGAAGAAGAUGAAGCGUGUUUGCAUCAAGUUGCAGAGGACAGACUGGCACCGGUUGUCGGAGCGGAAGAGGGGGACGACAUUGCCGCUGCGACAAGUGUUGGUGUGGCAGGAGUGUCGUCGUUGCCAUGUUCUCUUCAGGGGACGGUUCGUGAGGACCAAGAUGAUGGAAAGUCUGUGAAUCCCCAACCGAUGGAUGUGGAGGAAGAUGUGGAGAAGGCAGGCAUGUCGAGGGAACGGCAGCAGGAGUGUGUGCAGCAGGGAGAGGGAGGGGUGGCUACGAGCAGCUUCCUGAAGAAGCGGCAGGAGGAGCAGGAGAUGCAUGGCUCCCCGGAGGAGAGCACCGUAGGGGACAUUCAGACAGACAAGGCUGUUGCGUCGUAUGGUGACCAGGUUGCGACGUCAGCAGCUAUGGAGUCCACAGCGAUGAGAUUAGAAGACCGGAAGGAGGAUCGUCUCCCCGUCAUGGAUAGCCCCCUCACUUCUCUCCCUCUCCAAAAAUCAUCUCCAAAGCGGCAAUGGCUGCCUAAUUAUUGUCAGGACAAGGUUCAAUCUGGUCAGCUGCUUCAACAGGAGGUCGAUUCGCAGGAGCAAAGGAUACCUUCACCAUUGCCUGAGGAAGGACAUCCCAUAAAGCUCAAGCAGAAGGAUAGUGCACGGCAUACGAUGCCUAGCCAGCAAGGUUUCCCACACCGCGCGCAGCAGAUUUCAGUGUUGCAUCCUCGACAACCUGUUCCGCAGGAACGCAAGGAGGCGGCGUACCAUGCUCCUUAUCACCACAGUCUCAACCAUCGUAACCGACAGAAACAGCAGCAGCUGCUGCAGCAAAAACAACAGCAUUUGAUGCGUGCCAUGAAUCAGCCGGAGGGAAGUACUCAGCAAAGCAGUGCCCAGAAUUUUCAGGGGAGAGAAAAACUGCUCUCUGUUCAGCGACAAGCGGAGCAGCAGCAGCUUGGAGCUGAGCAGACGACGUCAGAGGGCCCAGAGCAGCAAAAACAGCAGGCACACGGGCAUCAGCAGUUGCAGAUGCGGCAAAAGCAGGUGACGUUGGAGAAAAGUGAGUUGCAAGGAGGGGCUCUUCUACCACGUGCUUGGCUGCCAGACUUUGCUGCAAACCUGCAGAAUAAUCAACAGCAACCUGUAGGAUGCGGCAAGCAGCUGCACAUUCCAGAUCAGUGCGACUGGAAGUCAGAUACUCCGCAGCAGGGGAAGCAAGCUGAUCCACAGGAGCCGCACUUUCAUACAGCUGAGAGCGACCACGAGCUUGGAUCUCGUCAGCACCAGCAGCAGCGUCAGCCUGAAGCAGGUCAGCAUCAUCAUCUUCAGGAGCAGAACCAGCAGCAACAGCAGCAACAGCAGCAACAGCAGCAACAGCAGCAACAGCAGCAACAGCAGCAGCAGCAGCAUAGGGAACAGGAUUGGCAACAGAAGCUAGUCAGGCAGCAAGAUCAGCACGAGGAUGUGGUGCACCAGAACCCAAAGGAGCAGCGGGAGGAGGGACGGGAGCAGCAGGAGCGACAGGUUUGGGGGCAACCUGAGGUGGAGGAGCAUCAACAAGAGCUAAAGCAGCAGUGGAGGCAGCAACAGCGGCCAAUAAAUGAUGGGGCUCAUCAUGAAGAUCGGCAGCGAGGUCUGCUGCUGCAUCUUUGGGAGGGUGCUCGUCAGCAGCAACAGUUGACCAGGACACCAGUGGUGCAACCUUUUCUUCCAUCCCCGGCUCCGCAGUCGCCAUAUGUGGCAGCGAGGUCUCCGUCAUGUGGUUCAGGGUCUCAACAUGGAGUGUACAUGCAGGCCAGGUCGCAGCAGGUCCCACACAACAGUCGCCUCCAGCCCGAUAACUCACGUCAGCAGGGGUCAUCUCUACCAUCGCUGUCGCCUCUGACACCUCAGCUGCAAACGCCUGCAGCUUUGCAUGCCAGACACCCCCAUUCUCACUCGGCAUCAGCUCACGGAUCUCCACUUUCUCUGACGCUCCUUUCUGCAGAUUCUGGUCACAUGCGUCCACCACAGGUUCCAACUUCUUACGAGCCACUCUCUGCGCCGUCACCACCACAACGGCAAUCACCUGAGCGGUCCCCACCACCUCAGCUUGCACAGGACCAUGUUUCAGGAUCUCCACAACCUUCGUCUUCUCCCUCCUCAUCUGGAGGCACACCGCCACAACCCCAUCCUCCUGUGCCUGCUAGCCAGCCAACUUCACAUAACGCAUCUGCCAUGGCACCCUCCCAUCCGUCAGUAAGGCAGUCCACCCCGAUGCCUCUGCAGCAGGCUUCUCCUGUUAGACUUCCCCUCUCAUUAUCCACUGGCGGUCAUUCCAGCCGGCCAGUGCAAGCUCAAGGUGCCCCGCUGACGCCUUCAAGAACGGCGUUUCUGCAGCCGCCAGUUUUGUGUUCCCAGCAGCAGCAACAGCAGGAGCAACAUCAGCAGCAGCAGCAGCAGCAGCAGCAAGUGGCAAUGCAGCCAGUGCGGCUUGUUCCUUUGUCAGAGUGGGACGAGUCACAACGAUCACCACGCGCUGAGAAGUCCCUUGUGGCUUUUCCGCUUUCUUUUCCACGCCAACAGCAGCAGUUGCCACCAGAUCUUAAUCGGCGGAGUCCAGAGCAAGAAGAAGUGUUGGCCAUGGAACAACAACAUGGGGCCUUCCUUCCACAAAGGACUCAGGAGGGAGGGCGAGUGAGCCCCCUCCCAUGGCGUGAGGCAUCACCCUCUGGUUUGCAGCUUGAGGAGGAAGAUGCUAGGCAAGAAGAACGAAAGAAAAGGCAGAAGAGGGAGGAGAGUCAUCUAAGGCAGCCACUAUUGGAGUUGAAUGAUGAGGCGGUUGACGGUGACGAUUGUGGCAGGGGAGGGCUUUCAGAGGGUGCUGCGGAGUUGUCAACUCAGCAUCAGUAUCGGCAUCAGCAUCAGCUGCUUCGAUCGGAGAGGGAGUGGCAACCUGCUGCUGAGGACGGCAACCGUGAUAGCAGGACAAGGGUAGUAAUGAGUGCGGGUGAGAGGCUUGCUCAUUGGGAUGGUCACCCGACCGGCCAGCAGAGUGGCAUGGGGAGUGGUGGUGGGCUGGCCUCCGGUUCAAGAGAAAAUGGCAGGGGAUCGAAGGAUCCCAGUUGUGAGCGGAUCUGGCAACCGCAGGCAGCAGCCCCCGCAUCUGAGACCGCAGGUCAGGUGCAAGCGGCCCAGUGCAUACAGAACCGUGAUGGACUGGAAACAACCAGAGGCUGCUCAGAGGUAGCCAGUGAAGGGACUGCGAGAUGGGGGAGCAUCACAGGAGGUGUGGGGAAACGGAAGCGUGUGGAUGAGGUGCAUCUCCAGUGUCAAGAGCUGAUGGAAAGUGAGAGGGAAGAUCAUUCGGUGAACGUUAACCGCGGAGAAGGUGGUCGAGGUGGAGGACGAGGAGGAGGUGGAGGAGGAGGAAGAGGAGGUGGGGGGGGAGGGGUAGGAGCUGGUGUUGCUGGAGGAGGGAGAGUUGAAGGGGGAGCGGGAGGAGAGGUUGGAAGGCAGUUUUCACUGACCCUGCAGGCUCAUGAACAUUCAGAACGACAGGCGACUGAACAGCGUGCAACUGAGUCCGGUUUCCGGCUGUAUCAACAACGCCCUCGAGACAAUUCCGUGAAGGCCCAAAGUGAUGCCAUGAGAUUAGACAGAGAGCAAAGCGACCACUGGCAGUCUGCAAUGGGUUCCCGUAGUGUGUAUCCUCGGCCAACGGAAAGUCGGCCAGUGUCAUCAGGCACUGUGGAACAAAGCGGGGAGGACCAUGACCAAGGAGCCCCAAGGGCGAUUUUUGACAGGGAGGAGAGGAACUUGUCGUUCCAGGCGGUUUGUGUGGCUGAUGGAGACUAUGGCAAGGAGAAGUGUGACAGGGGUCAAGUGAACGGGAGUGAAAUGAUUGACUCUCCUGACGGUCAACGUCUUUAUGUAACUAGGAAUGAGGAAGGUGACGUCGACAGGGCAGCAACUUGUGAAGCAUGGAAGAGAACUGGCGAUGGAGCAGACAGAGGAAGUGUGAGAUGCAACUUUGAGAUGGCAGUCGGUGGUGGCUCAAGGCAGGUGGUAAGUAUGGCUUCUGAGGACAGGAUGGAGGUAGAGGGGGGUUGGGAAGAUCGGGCAGGGAUGAGGCUGAGUUGGUCUGAGGAUCAGCAACGCUUUGCAGCGAUGCACCGUUCCUCACAGAGGGUGGAGGAGGACAUGGAAACGGAGGGUGGAAGCCGUGGAAGGCCUUUGAUAACUCCUCCAAGGUCGUCCGUCACAGCCGGGCUUGACUCGUUGGACACCAUCUGCGAGAAUAGGAUGGAGGAAGAUGCCCGAGGAAGGAGGGGUUAUGCUGCAGCAGAAAGGGCAGCAGCUUCUGGCCAAGGUUCUGCUGAUGGGGCCAUGAAUGUGGGCACAACACGAAAUGAAGGGGAUGGAACAUCACCCAUGGAAAUUGAUGUCCCAAUGGCAGACGCGAUGCAAAGGAGCGACAGGUUCCGAGCUUCGAGGAUUUGGCGAGGCGAGUGCGAAGGCGGAGCCUUGCAGGGCAGUGAGCUACAUGGGAUUGUUGGUGGUGGGAACAAUGCGAUGUUGCUUGCACGAGUUGGUGCAUCGUACUUAGCCAGAGGUGUUGAGGGGGGUCAAGUGAACAUUGGACCACCUGUCAUGAAUCUUCUGUCUUGUACAGAGCAAAUGCAGAUUGUCUCACCCCUGUCUGCUCCUGGGCAGGGUCCUCCUCACGUGCUGGCAGGACCAAGGACGUCUACGGUGAUGAUGCCCGGGCCACCAGCCAGGGAACCUUCAUCUGAUCUUGCAUUCAACUCAAUGUAUGUGUGUCAAUCGCAACAUCAUUUGCAGCAUUUCCAGCAUCAGCUGCAGCAGCAUUUACACCAGCAGCAAGUGCAGAUGGAGCAGCACCCGCACGUGUUCCCUCAACAGCCGGCGAUGUUUGUGACUCCUGGCAAAGAUGCCACUCUACAUUGGUCGGGUAAAAGGCUUGAUGGAACACCUCGCCUUGUUCAGCGUCCUCCUCUUACACCUUCGACAGUGGUUGCCAGCCCUUUGCAGCGAGCUUCUGUGCGUUUGGGAGGAGCAGGUGCAGGAGGUUGUGUUUCUGUGUCAGCCCUGCCUACGACGACCCCUCCCAUUGUCCACACGACAGUUGGGGCUUCCCCCUCUGCAGUGGUUCAUACACCGAUGUCUGCGCAGAGGAUGGGGACACCACGAGUUAAAGUGAAUCUUGAUGUUCAUGAAGGCCAAGUCGCAUACCCCUUUCAGCAGCGGUACCAAAAACUGAUUGACUGUCUCCAGAAGUGCGAGGGUAACGAGCCUCGUCACCUCGAGUAUCUCCAAGGUCAGUGGAUUCUUCUCCCUCUAUCUGAGACCUGGGAUUAGAUAGACCAUGAUGUGGAAUCAACAUGUUCAUAAGGC